AUGCAGGCUUCGGAGGAUGCGGGCAAUAAAUGGGUCUAUGUCAAAGUGAAGCGCAAAAAGUCCACUUUUUUCCUGCACAUCGACUUGACGGAGACCAUCCUAGAAGUGAAGGCCAAGCUUCAAGACUUAAUUCAGAAGGAUCCAAAAGAGAUGAAGCUUUUCAGAGAGGGCGCUGAGCUACAGGACUCCUUGACACUGGCUGACAGCAAGGUGGAGAAUGGCGAUACCCUCGCCCUCACUUUUGCUCUCCUUGAUGAGCCAAACAGCUUUGAGGAGAUUGACAUUACGCCACACGAUGGGGUAGGGGAGGAAUGA